AUGGCGUUUUCGUUGUAUUCGAAGCGGCAGAGGGGUAAUUGGGUAAAGUUGAAAGCGAAAGCAAUAAGAAUUAGCAAACGCUUCGUAUCUUACAGUGGGAAUCAAUCUCUCUCUUCGCUACUCCCUUGUUGGUUCUGGUUUUUAUUUUUUGUUACUCUCAACAAAACGGCUCUCUCGCAGGCCAAAAGCUUCACCGUUUCGGUUCCUGCUUAG